GAGUGCUUGUACUUGUCCUCCGGGCCACUCCUCACACAAGAGCCAAUGUGCUGCACUUGGCCAAACAGAGGCGUCUCGUUUUCAAAGGCAGUGGGGAAAAAUAACUUGAUCUGCUCAAGAUAUUCAUCUUUUCCCACUGAGGUCAAAAAUGGACCAAAAGCAAAACUUCCAGAAGAAAAUAAGUCUGCAGUCUGGUCACAAUCCUGAUCAAUUUCAGCCCAAACUUCAGGAGAGAGACCAAUGGGCCAGCAAGAUGGAGUUCAUUCUGGCCGUGGCCGGGCACAUCGUUGGACUGGGAAAUGUCUGGAGGUUUCCUUACCUUUGCUACAAGAAUGGAGGAGGAGUUUUCUUCAUUCCUUAUGUUUUGUUUUUGGUCACCUGUGGCAUUCCUCUCUUCUUCUUGGAGACAUCCUUGGGUCAGUUUACCAGUCAAGGCGGAAUAACAUGUUGGAGAAAAAUCUGCCCUCUUUUUGAAGGCAUUGGUUAUGGGAGUCAAGUGGUAGUGUUGUACACCGGGGUUUAUUACAUCAUUAUCCUGGCAUGGACCUUUCUGUACCUGUUUUCCUCCUUUGGUUCUGAGCUUCCAUGGGUGAGCUGCAAUAACAGUUGGAACACAGAUAGUUGCUUCCAGCACAGUCACAAUCAAACACCACCUCUGUUGGGAAACACCACAUCGUCAGUCGUUGAGUUUUGGGAGAGGAGAAUUUUGGGAUUAUCUAAUGGAAUCGAUGAGAUUGGAAGCAUCCGUUGGGACCUGGCCCUCUGUUUGCUUCUUGCUUGGAUCUUGUGUUACUUCUGUGUCUGGAAUGGAGUGAAAUCCACCGGAAAGGUGGUGUACUUCACAGCAACAUUCCCGUAUGUGAUGCUGGUGGUGUUGCUCGUUCGUGGUCUUACACUACCUGGAGCUAAAGAGGGCAUUAUGUUCUACCUCUACCCAGACCCGUCACGCCUCGCUGAUCCAGAGGUGUGGAUGGACGCUGGAAGCCAGAUUUUCUACUCCUAUGGAGUUUGCACAGGAGUUUUGACAUCAUUAGGAAGCUACAACAAAUACAACAACAACUGCUAUAGGGACUGUGUUUUCCUCUGCCUGCUGAACAGCUUAACCAGCUUUGUCGCUGGUUUUGCCAUCUUCUCUGUGCUCGGUUUCAUGGCAAAAGAGCAAGGUGUGGAUAUAUCUCUGGUGGCUGAAUCAGGACCGGGCUUGGCCUUUAUCGCUUACCCGCGAGCUGUGGCUUUAAUGCCAUUUCCUCAGCUGUGGGCGAUUUUCUUCUUUGUUAUGAUCAUCUUUUUAGGGUUAGACAGUGAGUUUGUGUAUCAAGAAGCCAUGGUCACGACCAUCUCUGACAUGUAUCCUUCCAUCUUUCAAAACACGUGCCGCCGAAAACUCCUCCUCCUCGCCAUUUGUGCCAGUGGUUUCUUGGUCGGCCUUGUGAUGGUGACUGAGGGAGGCCUUUAUGUCUUCCAGCUGUUUGAUUACUACGCUUGCAGUGGGACGACUCUUUUGCUCUUUGCUUGUCUCCAGUCUGUCUGUAUCGGGUGGGUUUAUGGUUCAGAUCGUCACUAUGACAACAUAAAGGACAUGAUUGGAUAUCAUCCCUGGCCGUUUAUGAAAUACUGCUGGAAAUAUUUCACACCGGCCAUCUGCACGUGCACAUUUGUGUUUUCUUUAGUCAAAUAUACACCACUCAAAUUCAACAAUGUGUAUGAAUACCCGUGGUGGGGAUACGCCCUCGGAGGAUUCUUUACUCUUUCUUCAACAUUGAUGGUUCCUCUAUGGAUGCUGUACGCUGUAAGAAGUAAACCUGGAUCCCUGAAACAAAGGCUGAAACUUCUCUGUACUCCAUCUAAGGACUUAUCAACCCCAUCAUCCAAGAAAGCAUCAAACUAUGAAGCAUUUCAGACCUUCACAGACUUUCACACAUUACGCACCAAAGAGAGUUCAGAAACUCAAGGAGCGACCGUCGUUUGAAGCGCUGGAGAAAAAAUUUACAUGGAAUUUACGACAUAAUUCCAAAACUGAAGCGUUUUGGUAACACAUCAAGAAAGAACAUCACAGACAAUAAAAGUGCAUUGACAUAAACGUCUACUCUUAAAGUGAA